AUGUCUUCGCAAAUAUAUGGCUCUGUUAUGGACUCCUUCCAAAACCUGUUGAUGAACAGGGCUGUGCUUGAAAGGAGGCUUGCUCAUGUUGUCCUUCAAGUAUCCACCGCAAUCUUCAUGGAACACAGUAUCUUAUAUGAGACGGAUUUUUUCAAAUAUCCGGAUCUCACACUCUCAACGGCAAGGCCAAAGGCCGAGCCACCCAGUGGAUACUUUUCAAUCCCUAAACCACCACAAUUGCAAGACGUACGGGACCCUCGCAACCAUGGACGGGAUACACGAGCGCUCUUCUCAAGAGCCAGAGCAAGCCUAUUCGAGAAGCGCACACCUCCUAGUUUCACCACUCCAUUCAAUAUUAAGAUGAGACUGAUGACCUUCACAACCGUUGGUCUUAUAACGCCAGUCGCCAGCGCCGCCAGAGCCCUCGAGGACUUUUACAGCUCCAUCGCUAUCAAAGCUGCCGGAGCUUGGCAAGCAGAACCUCGAACGGACAAUUUCGCCAUCCAAGAAGGAAAUUUUUACUUGGGGUUCUCCUCCAUUGGCGACUCAAUCCCCUGGAGUUUCGUCCACAGCUUCGCGGAGAGGCUGUGGGAGUGCGCUUGCUUGGGAAUGGCAGAUUUGUUCGAUGUGAUUUACAUGGAUGAUUCCAGACAGAUUGCAGUGGUCAUUUCAUUGAGACUCGUAGACGGCGGUUCAUCAAGUUCCAGCACAGAUUUCAGAGAGGGUAGCGUGCCGAGCGUGACAUCGCCGUAA